GGAGGGGGUGGCCCCACCCCUGAGCUAUGAAAGCCCCCCUGCCCUGGCCCUGGCUCAGUCUCAAUGGGGGCACUGGGGCUGGAGGGCCGGGCUAGGAGGCCCCAGGGGAUGGACUGCCUCCUGCUGGCUGUGGCAGGCGCCACUUCCCUGGUGACCCUGCUGCUAGCUGUGCCUAUCACUGUGCUGGCUGUGCUGGCCUUCGUGCCCCAGGAGCAGGGAGGACUGGUAACAGGGACCGCUGACCCAGGGGCACAGGCACAGGCACAGCUGCAAUUGGGGUCCCAGGAACAGUCAGAGGAGGAGGCAGAAACAGAUCUCAGUCCCAGGCUCCCCGCUGCCCACAUCAUAGGUGCUUGGACCAAGGGACAGGGGCUGGGCUGGGAGGCGAAGAAAGAAGAGGCCUUUCUAAGGAGCGGGACGCAGUUCUCCGGUGCCGAGGGCCUGGCCCUCCCGCAGGACGGCCUCUAUUACCUCUACUGUCACGUCGGUUACCGGGGCCGGGCGCCCCCUGCCGGCGGGGGCCCCCUUGACUACUCGGUCACGCUGCGCAGCCGGCUGUACCGGGCGGGGGGCGCCUACGGGCCUGGGACUCCCGAGCUGCUGCUGGAGGGUGCGGAGACCGUGACCCCGGUCUUGGACCCCACCCGGAGGCGCGAAUACGGGCCUCUCUGGUACACGAGCGUGGGGUUCGGCGGCCUGGUGCAGCUCCGGAGGGGAGAGAGGGUGUUCGUCAACAUCAGUCAUCCGGAUAUGGUGGACUAUAGGAGAGGGAAGACCUUCUUUGGGGCCGUGAUGGUGGGGUGAGGGCCUCCCGCGUCCCGGGGAGAACGAAUGCAUGGUGGGAGUGUGUGAAUCAGCCCGGAUAUCGGGGACCCAGUCACCAGGGACCCCAUGGCGGUGGGAAAAAUGUAGGAGACUGGAAACUGAUACUGAGCCUGACAAAAAUAAAGAAUGUAAUGCUUUAGUGCUGCCAAAUACA